AUGCAAUCCCAAUCACUGCUACCGCCAUCUCCACCAUUGCCACCAUCACCACUAGAACCGCCGCUGCAGCACUUUGCAGAUUCUUUUAUGCUUGGGCUGAGCAAGUUUGAAGCAGCUUCACGCAUGGCAGGAGAACGCCAACCAUCAGUUUUCGCCUUUGCAUUAUGCAAAACCCUGUUUCUUCUGUCCUUGCUUGCUGUUCCGCUGCUCGCGGCGUCUUCCGGAAACAAAUCGCCGGUGCUUGUUAGUGAGCUCCUGCAGGCUGAGGCGAAGAGGAAGAUCAUAACAGUGAGCAAGGACGGAACGGGGGACUUCCAAACGGUGACUGAUGCCGUUAACAGUAUCAAGACUGGGAAUUCCCAACGUAUAAUCAUCCAUAUAAAGUCCGGAAUCUACACAGAGAAGGUUACAAUUGAUCGCUCGAAGCCGUUUGUCACAUUCUACGGCGACCGCAAUGCGAUGCCGACGAUCAGAUUCGGCGGGAGGGCGGCUGUCUACACGACGAUGUUCAGUGCUACGGUUGCUGUCGAGUCCAACUACUUCAUGGCUGUGAACAUCAUCUUUGAGAAUUCAGCACCAAAACCAAGGCCUGGUGAGAAGGGAGGGCAAGCGGUGGCGAUGCGUAUCUCUGGGGACAAUGCAGCAUUCUACAACUGCCGGUUCUUGGGAUUUCAGGACACCUUGUAUGAUCAUUCCGGCCGGCAUUACUUCAAGAAUUGCUUGAUACAGGGCUCCGUCGACUUCAUUUUUGGCAACGGCAGGUCCUUAUAUGAGGGUUGCGUACUGAAGUCAGUUGCGGACAAUGUCGGAGUGACGGCAAUGGUUGCGCAAGGGCGCAACAGCUCCAAUGACGCCGGCGGCUUCUCCUUCGUCGGCUGCAACGUGACGGGGAGCGGGAGCGCCCACCUGGGCCGAGCAUGGCGUGGCUACUCUAAGGUCGUCUUCUCCUACAGCUACUUCUCCUCCGUCGUCAAUACCCGAGGAUGGGACCAAAACGGCUUCCCCAGCCAAAACCUGGUUUUUGGAGAAUACAAGUGCAUGGGUCCGGGAGCCAACAGAGCAGGGCGCGUGAAAUAUGCAAGAUCCCUCACCGAUCAACAGGCGGCGCCCUUCUUGAGCACAACAUACAUUGGAGCAAGAAACUGGCUGCUCUCUCCGCCCUCGUUGUAA